AUGUGUCAUUUCCAGAUGGGCACUCCGGCCAAACCUAUGCUCAAGAUCGACACGACGGCGUUUGUGCUGCCGAACCUGGCCGGCAAUCUUCCAACAAGCACAAUUGACCGAAAUAUGCCAUUGGCAGAUCCGUCGUUUUUCCAGCCGUCUCAAAUAGACCUUCUUCUAGGUGCGGAUAUUCUUCCGUCUGUCCUGCUAUCGGGCUUGAGGCCAAACGUAUUAUUUAAGCCCGAGAGUGCGACCACGAAAGUUCGCGUAGUUUUCAACGCAUCCAGUCCUUCUUCCAAUGGGAACAGCCUUAAUGACAUUCUGUAUCCAGGGCCAGUACUGCAGUCCGAUCUCACUCUUCAAAUCCUGAAGUGGCGGACGUUUAAAUUCGUUUUCAAUGCCGACAUCACCAAGAUGUAUCGGCAAAUUCUCCUAAGCCAAGAGCACACUCCGUUUCAGAGAAUUCUCUUUCGAAAUGGCCAAGGGGAUAUAUCCGACUUCGAGCUUCAGACGGUCACGUUUGGAGUGAAUUGUGCCCCUUUCCUGGCCCUACGAACACUGCAACAAUUGUCCGACGAUGUCAACGCCCAAUACCCACGGGCGUCGCAUAUAAUCUCAAAUUAUAUGUAUGUCGACGAUGUGCUAGCAGGAGCCCAUACAGAGGCUGAAGCUAUUUUAGCCAUUCGGGAGCUGCAAGCAGCUCUGGACUCAGCUGGAUUCCCUCUCCGCAAGUGGACAUCGAAUGAACGUGCACUCCUUAAAGCACUUCCUAAAGAGCAUCUACUUUCGACUGAUUUUCUUGAUCUCGAAGAGGUCAGCACCACUAAGACAUUGGGAGUACGGUGGAACGCUACGACGGAUGAGUUCUAUUUUGUCCCAACAGAGGUCACCAUUCAGGCAAACUAUUCGAAACGUGACGUCUUAUCCCAAAUCGCGAAAUUGUUCGACCCAGCUGGGUGGCUCUCCCCAUUUGUGGUUCAGGCCAAAAUCCUGAUGCAGGAUAUCUGGUUAGCCAGCGUCGAAUGGGAUGAGUUUCUUCCUGCAGAACUACUACAUCGCUGGCAUGAUUUCCUUCGGAGCUACAGUUUCCUCCACCAAGUUCGCAUCCCGCGUUGGGUACAUUUUCAACCAGGUGUACAAGUCCAAAUCCAUGGUUUCUGCGAUGCCUCCCAGAAGGCUUAUGGCGCAACGAUUUACGUUCGCAUCCAGCGUGAUGGAAUCAUUUCAGCAAAUCUUCUAACGUCAAAGACCAAAGUCGCUCCGGUAAAAACCGUUUCGCUCCCGCGUCUAGAACUGUGUGGAGCCGUCCUUCUGGCAGACUUGUGGACUGCAAUUCUGCCUCAGAUUUCUUUCGGUCGUAUAGAAUCUUUUCUAUGGACUGAUUCCACUAUCGUGCUGGCAUGGUUGAACAAGCCACCAUGUCAGUGGACGACCUUCGUCGCAAACAGAGUCACAAAAAUCGCUCAAAAUACUGAUGCCUGCCAGUGGUCUCACGUGCGUUCCGAGCACAACCCAGCAGAUCUAGCCAGUCGUGGAGUAGCGGCUGAAGAGUUAGCUACCAGUGAGCUAUGGUGGCAUGGGCCUUCAUGGCUAACUCAGCCACAAGACUCCUGGCCUGCACCUUAUGAAUCUGUUUCCGACAUCGACAUCGAGAAGCGACCCAUACGUUGCCAUUUAGCAUGCCCGGAGCAGGACAUGCUUGAGCGGUUCUCCAAGCUCGACAAGGCACUACGAGUUUUCGCCUAUGUUCAGCGCUUCAUCCAGCGCUCGCAAAAACGACCUAUUCCAGGCGAGCUGCAGCUAUCCAAUACAGAGAUUUCCACAGCUGAGCGACUCCUAAUUUUCAUAACACAGCGCAGAUACUUUGCGCUUGAAUAUGCCUGCCUGAGCCAAAAGCGGCCAAUUCCAGCAUCCAGUUCUAUUAAGAACAUGAAUCCCUUCCUUGAUCCUCACGGCCUCAUCAGGGCGUGUGGUCGGGUGACGGCCUCCGAAGUCCUCCAAUAUGAUGAACGACAUCCGAUCUUUCUUCCAUACAACUGUCAGUUGGCGCGUCUCCUUGUAUCCUUUACGCAUCGCAUCUCCUUGCACGGCGGUAAUCAUCUAAUGGUACGCCUGAUCCGCUCAAAAUUCUGGAUACCAAGGGUCAAGAACUUAGUCAAGUCUGUAAUUUUCUCCUGCAAAAUAUGUGUGAUCCACAAAAAGAAGUUGCAGACCCAACUCAUGGGCGAAUUACCAAAAGAAAGAACGUCUUUUUCGCGGCCUUUUACGUACACGGGCAUGGAUUAUGCCGGACCAUUUGAUAUAAAGAACUACACCGGGAGAGCCUGCCUGAUUACCAAGGGCUAUGUGUUGGUGUUUGUAUGUUUCUCCACGAAGGCCAUCCAUUUAGAGCCUACUUCUGACCUCACAACAGAGAAAUUUCUCGCAGCUUUCGCCCGAUUCGUCUCGCGAAGAGGGUGCCCUCGACAAGUUCAGUCAGACAAUGGGAAGACCUUUGUUGGGGCAGCCGCAGUGCUGUCGCGAGAAUUUCUGCAAGCGGUCAAGGAAUCCGUGACGAAUGCUUAUAGUCACCAGGAACUCCGGUGGCAAUUCAUACCACCAGGAGCCCCGCACAUGGGAGGAUUAUGGGAAGCUGGAGUUAAAAGCUUCAAGACGCUGUUUUAUAAAUCCACAGCCACUCGAAAGUAUACGUUCGAAGAACUUUCUACAUUGUUGGCCAAGAUUGAGGCCUGUCUUAAUUCGCGUCCACUCGCCCCGAUGUGCGAAGACCCCACAGACUUGUUGGCACUCACGCCAGGUCAUUGUCUCGUAGGUGGACCCCUUCUCGCCACCGUCGAACCCGAAAUUAAGGGUGCGUCCACUUCUAUUAUCAACCGGUGGCAGCACCUUAAGGCCCUUCAUCAGCAAUUCCGCCUGAGAUGGAAGGAAGAGUACCUCAAGGAGCUCCACAAGCGAACAAAGUGGCAAGUCCCCACAAGAAAUCUCGAGGAGGGCGAGAUGGUUAUAAUCAAGGACGAUAAUCUGCCGUCCAAUGAGUGGCGGCUAGGCAGGAUUGACUCCGUGUUUCCCGGACCCGAUGAUUACAAACAAUGUUCCCACGUCUACGUAGCGCCGUCGAAAUGGAGAGCAGACGUAAGGUGUAAGAUCUGCAGCGGGGAGCACCACACACUGCUGCAUAUGCAGGAGCAGCCGCUGUAUUUACGCCGUUCGCGUCAGUUGACGCCGCCCUCUCGUCGCGCUCGAGCUUUUCACCACCACGUUUCGGCCUCUCUUCACCACGCGGCGGCCUCUCCUCGGCGCUCUGCGGCCUCGCCUCAACGCUCUUCGUCGGCCUCUCAACUCUCUUCGGCCUCUCCUCGGCAUUCUUCGGCCUCUCCACAGACCGCGGCAUUCGCCACGCAGGGAGUUCCGACAGGGCCUUCACUGGCCACUUUGCUUCAGCGACACAGCGUGAACCUCCUCCCGACCGCUCUGGUGCGAAUUGACACCGGGACGCGAGUGUUCGACACAGCGGCGCUCAUCGACCCAUGCACUCCUAUGAGCUGCAUUGACGCGUCGCUGGCGACCUCUUUGCGACUUGCGACGACAGCGGUGGGUGCUGAACAGAUCUUCUCAGCCACCGUCGGCUCGAAAACGAACGCCCAUGUCCGGCUCGACCUCGUUUUCAAAGUGGAGCCUCACGUGCGCGUACGCACUCCGAUCCGACAGUUGGAUGAGACUGUGCGGACCUAUUUCAAGGACAUUACCUUGGCUGAUGAACGGUUCUACCUUCCGGCUACGAUCUCCGUCAUCCUGGGUGCGGAUGUGUACCCCAAAGUUAUGCAGCCUGGGUUCCUGAAAGUGCAGGAUGGAUUGCCGGUGGCCCAAAGCACCGUAUUUGGAUGGGUCCUGUCCGGGGCCUGUCACACGCCGUAA